GGGUUUCGGGGUGCGCAUCAGGGCUCCGAUCCGAGACCCGGACUGCACCUCGGAGGAGGAGGAGCAGCAGCUGUACCCGGGCCUGGCUCCGGUGGUCUUCUUCUGCGUCAAGCAGACCACACGGCCCCGCAGCUGGUGCCUCCGCAUGGUCUGUAACCCGUGGUUCGAGCAUGUGUCCAUGCUGGUGAUCCUGCUCAACUGUGUGACUCUGGGGAUGUUCCAACCCUGCGAAGACGUCACCUGCCAGACGGACUGGUGCCUCAUCUUACAGGUUUUGGACGACUGCAUCUUCGCCUUCUUCGCGGUGGAGAUGGUCAUCAAGAUGAUGGCCCUGGGGAUCUUCGGCUCUAAAUGUUACCUCGGCGACACAUGGAACCGGCUUGACUUCUUCAUCGUCAUGGCGGGGAUGAUGGAGUAUUCUCUGGACGGUCACAACGCCAGUCUCUCCGCCAUCCGUACGGUCAGAGUGCUCCGUCCACUAAGAGCCAUCAACAGAGUGCCCAGCAUGCGUAUCCUGGUGACUCUGCUGCUGGACACGCUGCCGAUGCUGGGGAACGUUCUCCUCCUCUGCUUCUUCGUCUUCUUCAUCUUCGGCAUCGUGGGCGUGCAGCUGUGGGCGGGGCUUCUGCGCAACCGCUGCUUCCUGGGAGAGGACAUUCCGACGAUAUACAACGUGUCCAUGAGCUCCUACUACAUGUCAGAGGAGGGCGAGGAGAGCCCCUUCAUCUGCUCGGCCGCCCGCGAGAACGGAAUGCUCCGUUGCCACGACGUCCCGGCCUUCAGCGUGGCCGGCGAAGAGUGCUCGUUGGACGCCCGGACCCAGGGCUCGUCCGCGAUUGGCCAGGCUGCGGUUGCUGUGGUGGCGGCGGCCAGCAGGAACGGCUGCGUCAACUGGAACCAGUACUACAACAUUUGUCGGGCGGGAGACAACAACCCGCACAAGGGCUCGGUCAACUUCGACAACAUCGCCUACGCCUGGAUAGCCAUAUUCCAGGUCAUCACGCUGGAGGGAUGGGUAGACAUCAUGUACUAUGUCAUGGACGCUCACUCCUUCUACAAUUUCAUUUAUUUCAUAUUGCUCAUCAUAGUGGGCUCCUUCUUCAUGAUCAACCUCUGCCUGGUGGUCAUCGCCACCCAGUUCUCGGAGACCAAGCAGCGGGAGAACGCGCUGAUGCGGGAGCAGCGCGCCCGCUACAUGUCCAACGACUCCACGCUGGCCAGCUACAGCGAGCCGGGCUCCUGCUACGAGGAGAUGCUACGCUACGUUAGCCACCUGUACCGCAAGCUCCGGAGACGGGUCCAGAGGAUAUACUCUGGCUGGCACAGUAAACGCCGUAAAAAGGUGAACCCCAACGGCGGGGGCAACGGCGGGGGCAACGGGGGCGGAACCAGCAGCCACAGCCUGGCACGGGGCUGCGGGGGGGCGGGGCCGGCGGCUAGCGCCCCCUGGCUGCGGCCCAUCCACAACCUGCUGCAGCACCACCAGCACCACCACUGUCACCUCAGCAACGGGGGGAAGCACCCCUCGCCGGCCACCUCGCCCACCACCGGUCGCGGCCUGGAGGAGCUGGAGAUGAGGUCCCUGGUGGCCCGGGCGGGGAGCGGGAACGGGAACGGUGCCGGCGGCGGCGGCGGCGGUGACUCGCCCGUCGUCACCCAGGGGAUGGGGGCCUUGCUGGGUCGGCUGAACGGGGGCAUGAACUACCCCACCAUCCUGCCCUCGUUCGUGUGCAGCUACGGCAGUAAGACCCCCCCGCCCCACGCUCAGCACUGUGGGCCCAGCCCGGACCACCACCCCCCCCACCACCUGGCCUCGGAGCACACCGACACGCUCAGCAAGCUGCACCAGCUCAUGGGCCAGCACAGUCGUCAGCGGUUGCUGUACCAGCUGGCGGGCGUGGUCCCCAGCCCCUUGCUCCUGGAGCUGCUCAGCUGCCCCAUGUGUGCCCGCAGCCUGGAGAGCCUGGAGCUGGAACUGGGCGAGCUGGAGACGGGGCCCCGCGGGGGAGACACGGACGGCCUGCACCACGACUACACCCAGGGGGCGGAGCUGCGGACGGGGCGUGGCCGGAGCAGCCGGCGGCGUAACGGGCACACGCACGAACCCAAGAACCGGGUGGUGCUGCUGUGGCGACGCUUCCGGGACAAGCUGAAGAGGAUCGUGGACAGCAAAUACUUCAACCGGGGCAUAAUGAUCGCCAUCCUGGUGAACACGCUCAGCAUGGGCAUAGAGUACCACAAGCAGCCGGAGGAGCUGACCGACAUUCUGGAGAUCAGCAACAUCGUGUUCACCAGCAUGUUCGUGCUGGAGAUGGUCUUCAAGCUGCUCGCCUUCGGGCUCUUCGGGUACAUCAGGAACCCCUACAACAUCUUCGACAGCAUCAUCGUCAUCAUCAGCGUGUGGGAGAUCAUCGGGCAGGCGGACGGGGGCCUGUCAGUGCUCAGGACCUUCCGUCUGCUGCGGGUGCUGAAGCUGGUGCGUUUCCUGCCGGCCCUGCGGCGGCAGCUGGUGGUCCUGAUGAAGACCAUGGACAACGUGGCCACCUUCUGCAUGCUCCUCAUGCUCUUCAUCUUCACCUUCAGCAUCCUGGGAAUGCAUCUCUUCGGCUGCAAAUUCAGCCUGCAGACGGAGAACGGAGACACCAUCCCCGACCGCAAGAACUUUGACUCGCUCCUCUGGGCAAUCGUCACCGUGUUUCAGAUCCUGACCCAGGAGGACUGGAACGUGGUGUUGUACAAUGGCAUGGCCUCCACGUCGCCGCUCGCCGCGCUCUACUUCGUCGCCCUCAUGACGUUCGGCAACUACGUCCUCUUCAACCUGCUGGUGGCCAUCUUGGUGGAGGGCUUCCAGGCGGAGGGCGACGCCAACAGGUCUGAGUCGGACGAUGAGAAGAAGUCUGAAACCUUUGAGGAGGACGAGAAGGUGGAGCAGCUCAGAGAUACAGAGCUGAAGAUGUACUCCCUGAUGAUGACGGCCAACGGGCACGUGGACAUGAGAGGUACCUUGGCUCCUCCCAUAAUUAUGCGAACGGCGGCCACACCCAUGCCCACACCCAAGAGCUCACUGGGCGCCGAGUCGGUCCUGGGGUCGGGGAUUAUCUUUGGAGAGGUGGGGCCUUGCUUCGGAGAGGCGGGGCAAGGGUACUACUCUGAGGCGGGCAGCGUCCGUCGCGGAGAAAGCUGUCAUGGGAGUCCCGCCUCCAGAGAACCUUCCAUGGCAUACGACCAGCGCUCCCUGGUGUCGAGCCCUGGCCGUCGCUCGCCCCUGGCCCCCCGCGGCUCAGCCAGCUCCUGGGGCAGUCGGCGCUCCAGCUGGAACAGCCUGAGCCGCGCGCCCAGCCUCAAGAGGCGGGACCCCAGCGGCGAGCGCGAGAGCCUGCUGUCCGGAGACCCCGGGGGGCGGGGCCACAUCGACGCCGACGACGACAGCCCGGAGGAGGAAGACGAGGAAGAGGAAGAGGAGGAGGAGGAGGGGGAGGAGAACGAGAGGGAGGAGAACGACGACGGCGAGGAAGAGAGGGAGGCGGGGACCGGGGAGAGGGGGUGCCGCUGGGGCGGGAGGCCGGGUCACCUGGACCUGCUGCCGGCGGCCACACCCAGCCCGUCCCGCGCCGCCGCCGCCGCCGCCGCGGAGUACGGAGACUGCAACGGGGGCUCGCUGACCUAUGACCCCCAUGUGAGCACCGACCUGAAGGACAACUUCUCGCCCGAGGAUGACAUCGAUGAUGACAGUUCCAUUUGCUUCCGGCUCAAGAAGCAGCUGAUGAGCAAGAAGCCCCGCUGGUGCCAGGAGCACGACGACUGGGCCCUGUACCUGUUCUCCCCCCAGAACCCGGUCCGUAUGUGGUGUCAGGGCAUGAUAUCUCACAGGAUGUUUGACCACGUGGUGCUGGUCUUCAUCUUCCUCAACUGCAUCACCAUCGCCCUGGAGAGACCAGACAUACAGCCCCACAGCACGGAGCGCGUGUUCCUGAGCGUCUCCAACUACGUGUUUACCGUCAUCUUCCUGGCAGAGAUGGCCGUCAAGGUCAUGGCAUUGGGCUUCUGCUGGGGGGAGCAGUCCUACCUGCAGUCCAGCUGGAACGUUCUGGACGGGGUGCUGGUGUUUGUGUCCCUGGUGGACAUCUUGGUCUCCUUGGCCUCUACGGGGGGCAACCGAAUACUGGGAAUCCUUAGGGUGCUCCGUCUGCUACGCACGCUGCGCCCCCUCAGGGUGAUCAGCCGAGCUCCAGGCCUAAAGCUGGUGGUGGAGACCCUCAUCACCUCUCUGAGGCCCAUCGGGAACAUCGUGCUCAUCUGCUGCGCCUUCUUCAUUGUCUUCGGCAUCCUGGGGGUGCAGCUGUUCAAGGGGAAGUUCUACAUCUGCGAGGGCCUAGACACCAGGAACAUCACCAACAAGUCUGACUGCAGCCUGGCCGGCUACCGCUGGAUCAGACGCAAGUACAACUUUGACAACCUGGGCCAGGCACUGAUGGCUCUGUUUGUGCUGUCCUGUAAGGACGGCUGGGUCAACAUCAUGUACGACGGUCUGGAUGCCGUAGGAGUGGACCAACAGCCCGUGAGGAACCACAACCCGUGGAUGCUGCUGUACUUCAUCUCCUUCCUGCUCAUCGUCAGCUUCUUCGUGCUCAACAUGUUCGUGGGCGUGGUGGUGGAGAACUUCCACAAGUGCAGGCAGAACCAGGAGGAGGAGGAGGCGCGCCUGCGGGAGGAGAAGAGGCUGCGGAUGAUGGAGAAAAAGCGCAGGAGUAAGGAGAAUGGAGGGGCUGAGGCUCAGCAGAGGCCGUACUACGCCGACUAUUCUCCACUGCGUCUGUACAUACACACGCUGUGCACCAGCCACUACCUAGACCUCUUCAUCACCAUCAUCAUCGGCAUCAACGUGGUCACCAUGAGCAUGGAGCACUACAACCAGCCACGUUACCUGGAGGAGAUCCUCAAGUACUGCAACUACGUCUUCACCUGCAUCUUCGUGAUCGAGGCUCUGCUGAAGCUGGUAGCCUUCGGACUGCACCGCUUCUUCAAAGAAAGAUGGAACCAGCUGGACUUGGCUAUCGUAGCGUUGUCUAUCAUGGGCAUCACCCUGGAGGAGCUGGAGAUAAACGCAGCUCUGCCCAUCAACCCCACCAUCAUCAGGAUCAUGAGGGUGCUCAGGAUAGCACGGGUGCUGAAGCUCUUGAAGAUGGCCACGGGGAUGAGAGCUCUGCUGGAUACUGUGAUGCAGGCGCUGCCUCAGGUGGGGAACCUGGGGCUGUUGUUCAUGCUACUCUUCUUCAUCUACGCUGCGCUCGGAGUCGAGCUCUUCGGCAAAUUGGAGUGUAAUGACGAUAACCCGUGCGAGGGGCUGAGUCGACACGCCACGUUUGAGAACUUUGGGAUGGCUUUCCUCACGUUGUUCAGAGUGUCUACUGGGGACAACUGGAAUGGAAUCAUGAAGGACACUCUGCGUGAGUGUCGUGUGGAGGACCGUCAGUGCCUCACCUACCUGCCGCUGGUGUCUCCGCUCUACUUUGUCACCUUCGUGCUGAUGGCCCAGUUUGUGCUGGUCAACGUUGUGGUGGCCGUGCUGAUGAAGCAUCUGGAGGAGAGCAACAAGGAGGCCAAAGAAGACGCAGAGAUGGACGCAGAGAUCGCCUUAGAAAUGGAGAUGGAGAGGCAGCGCAGGCUGAGUACUGGAUCCAAUCACAGCUCAGUGGGAGGGACUUAUGUUGGGCCACGCCCCAACUCACCUGGACAGGAGGAAGAGGUGCAGUGCACCAACCCAAACCUGCUGUCUCCCAGGAAGAUGUCUGUAUCCAGGAUGCACUCUCUGCCCAACGACAGCUACAUGUUCCAGCCGGUGAGGCCUGCUAGCGCCCCCUACCCACUGGAGGAGCCGGGUCUCGGCCCACAGCAGCAUAUCUCAGGUUCUGUGACGUCGGUCCACUCCCAGCCGUGUGAGAUCCGGACCCUGCUGCAGGUGCCCGGUGUCUCCCCCCUGCCCAGCCCACGGGUGCCCCCUCCCCUCCCCCGCAUCGCCCCGCCCACACCCAGCCCCUCCCCCAUGGCCCUGCGUCGACAGGUGGCAGUGAAGCUGGACUCCGUGGAGUCCCAGGGCUGUGAUCCGCAGCAGCUGCUCCAGGACAGACCGGACCCCUUGCCCCUCUCCCCUCCGCCGCCCUCCUCCCCGCUGGCUCUGCUCCUCCUCCCACCCCCUCCUGCCUCCCCUCUGUCGUUCCCUGCCCCCCCCGCCUCCCCCCACUACCUGCCCCGCCCCGCCAGCCUGCGCCGGCCGCGGCCCCGCCCGCCCCCGGCGGCCCGCGACCCGGCCGACGAGGAGGUGAGCCAGAUCACCGGCUCCACGCUCAGCCUGUCCCGGGGGGACGCCGAGGGGCCCGGGCCAGAGGCGGGCGGGGCCAAGGUCUGCCGCAGCCACUCCCUGUCGCCCUACACCUCUCCCUUCUCCUUCGACUCCUGCAUCGCCCCCUUCCCUCCCCUCCCGCCCCUCCCCCCUCCCCCGGCGCCUCCUGCUGCAGGAGGAGGAGGAGGAGGAGGAGGAGGAGGAGGAGGAGGGCGCGCGCUGGGCUUGCCCGAGGGCGGCGGCGCCUUCCGGAAGCGCCGGUCCGGCAAACCACUGCCGGCGCUGCCGACGGAGACGUCGGCGCCGCUGCCCGGUUACCACGACGAUCAGCGCCGUCACUCCAUCGAGGUGUGCUCGGCCGACCCGCUGGAGGCGGCGGCGGCGGCGGCGGCGUUCCCACCGGGAGACCCCUACCGCCUCCUCCCGGGGCCGGGCGGCGGGGCGAGGAGGGGGUUCCCCACCAGGGUGCAGUCCAUGGGGGGGGGCUGCCAGCGCAAGAAGAGACUCAACCCGCCCUGCAUCUCCGUGCACCCGCCGGCGGAGCGGGACCACGCCCCCCCGGCGCCCGCCGGCCCCCCCACUCCGCCGCCGCCGCCGCCAUCGGACUGCAGCGUGAUGCUGAGGAGGAGGCCGCUGUCCUCCGACCUGACACUCUCCGCCACCUGGGCCGCCGACGCCGCGGCCGACGCCCGGCCCCCCGCCGCCGACCACGUGCCGCUCCGCGCCCACCCGCCGCUGGCGCGCACCCUCACCCCGGAGCCGUACCUGCGCACGUGUGCGCGGGCGCACGCCGCCGCACGCACGCACCCCUCGCCGAUCCCCGGUCCGAACAUCUUCGUCCAGCCGCACGCGCCCGUCCUGGCCAGCCCCGCCCACUUCCCCCCGCUGACGCACACCCUCUCCCUGUCCGCCCAGUGCUCGCCGAUCAGAGGGGACUACAUGCCCCUCCCCCAGUUCACUUUUGACCAAUCGGAGGCCGUGUACAUGAGCGGCCUCUCUGCGGGGAUACCGGACGCAGACGCCGCCAACUGCCCCUCGUCGCCCUUCGACAGCAGACUGGAGGACAGGGCGGGGUUUAGCGCCAAGAACAGACGGACGGCCCAAUAGGAGCUGUGCGUGGCCUCAAGGAAGUCAACCGGAUUGGUCGGAUUACAAACCCUUGAUGGUGUUCAGAAAGAGGGAUGGUCUCACUUAUUGGACGCUGGGGAAAGGGAAGACAUGUUGGAUACCGACAAAAAUAAUAUAUAAACAGCCAAUUCCUUUACCUCAGAGCACAGAGACGAUGCAGUCCCGUGCUAGGUUGGAGGAGGCUGAGGCGGUUUGUGGGCGACAGAUUGCGAGGGUACCUGUGAAACCGCUUGCAGGGUACGCUGCACCCACUGUUGACGGUGUGUCGAGGAUUGAGUUGGUGCACCACACCGGGACUUGAGGCACCAAACUCCGUAGCCAAAGUUUUACGUUUUCCUUUUUGUUUUUCAUUCGUUUUUUUGGUCGUCGUCGUCCCCUCCGAAAACCACGCAAGUCAAUCAGGAAGCAGCGUCUGGCUGACAACCUUUCGACCCUUCGGCGGGAAGCGGUUCUGUGAAAUGCGAGCGUGUUGGUGGGGGGGGAAACUUCAGGUUUUCUGCCGAGGAGGGGUCUCUGAUUUUGCCACUCCUCUGCUCCCUGGAUCAUAUUGAUCAGAGUAGAAGUUUGCGUGUGUGUGUGUGAGUGUGUGUUUUCUCCUCUUUGUGAGUGUCCCCCCAUUGCCCCAUCCCCC